AUGCCUGUCUCCGAAGCCGAUGACAUGUUCUUGAACGAGAACACUCGAGUUCUCGGACAAGAUCCACUCAUCCCCCCUCAAUUGCUGCAGUCUGAGAUCCCCGGAUCUCACUCGAUCUACGAGACUGUUGCCAAAGGGCGACAGGAGUCCAUCCAAAUCAUAACACAGCAAGAUGACCGCCUGGUCGUCAUUGUCGGACCCUGCUCCCUACACGACCCGGCAACGAACGUCGAGUACGCCCACAAGCUCUUCGACCUCUCCAACAAGCUCUCCGAUGACCUUUGCAUCAUCAUGCGCGCCUAUCUCGAGAAGCCCAGAACAACCGUGGGCUGGAAAGGCCUGAUCAACGACCCGGAGAUAAACGAGACCUUCAAGAUCAACAAGGGCUUAAGGGUCUCCAGGCAGCUAUUCUGUGAUCUUACUGGCUUGGGGAUGCCAAUUGCCAGUGAGAUGCUUGAUACUAUAUCGCCGCAGUUCCUUGCAGAUCUGAUUUCGUUGGGCGCAAUUGGUGCAAGGACUACGGAGAGUCAAUUACACAGGGAGCUAGCCAGUGGUCUUUCCUUCCCAGUGGGGUUCAAGAAUGGAACGGAUGGGUCUCUUUCGGUGGCAAUCGACGCCGUUGGAUCAGCGGCCUCGAAACACCAUUUCAUGGGUGUCACCAAGCAGGGACUAGCCGCCAUCACGAGGACGAGCGGGAACGAGCAUGGCUUCGUAAUCUUGCGAGGUGGUACCAACGGCACGAACUUUGACAAGGAGAGCGUAAAGGGCAUAAGGGAGGCGUUGAGGAACUCGGACCAGAAGGAGGUCAUGAUGAUCGAUUGCUCGCAUGGCAACUCGCAGAAGAACCAUCGUAACCAGCCCAAGGUCGCUCAAGCGAUAGGAGAUCAGCUCCGCGAAGGCGAGACAGCCAUCGUGGGCGUGAUGAUCGAGUCGAAUGUCAACGAAGGAAACCAAAAGGUUCCACCAGAGGGAGCAGAGGGCCUCAAGAAGGGCGUCAGUAUUACAGACGCUUGCAUCGAUUGGGAUUCGACAGUUGAGGUUCUUUACCAAUUGGCGGAUGCGGUCCGGACGAGGAGAAAAGUUGUCAAGCAGCAGACCAAUGGGGUCAAUGGGGCCAAUGGGGCCAAUGGGGCCAAUGGGGCCAGUGGGGCCAGUGGGGUCAAUGGGGCCAAUGGGGUUAAUGGGGUCAAUGGGCAUUGA